AAUAUAUCGAUUUACCGCCGUAAUUUAAAUUAUAAAAAUUUCACGAAUCAUAAAAAAUCCUCGAACCAAUGAUUUCUUUUACAUACAUUACUUGGCAUAGUUAUACAUACGUGUCGUAAUAGAACAAGAAAUACUAUCAUGGAUGAUCAUUGUCGCUAGAUAUUUCUUUGGUGUUGCUGAUGAAACUGCAAUACGUCUUAUAAUAUACUUGUGCCGGUAUUUUUGUGUGCAAAAUAUAUAAGUAUUGGCGAUGUCAAUCUAUUAAUCGUAUUUUGAUUAAAGGGGUAAUUAUUUUUGGAUUAAUAUAAAAGUCAUUGGUGUGCAAUUUAUUAAAAGUUUGACAAGAUGAUGGAAGAUAUGCAAGAAGAGACCCAAUUUGUGGUCGAUGAUGUAAGCAAAAUUAUUAAGGAAGCGAUUGAAGUAUCUAUUGGGGGAAAUGCUUAUCAACAUAACAAAGUAAAUCAGUGGACCUCGAAUGUUGUCGAAGGAUGUUUGGGGAAUCUUACAAAACUUCAAAAGCCAUAUAAAUAUAUAGUGACUUGUACUAUAAUGCAAAAAAAUGGAGCAGGACUGCAUACUGCGAGUUCUUGCUAUUGGGAUAAUGCUACUGAUGGUAGUUGUACAGUGCGUUGGGAAAACAAGACAAUGUAUUGUAUCGUUUCUGUAUUUGGUCUAGCAAUUUAACUGACUCUAGUAUUUUAAACGCUUUUCUGAUAAACUAAAAUCUCAACAAAGAAUAAAAUUUCGUUUACUAAGUUGCAAAAAUUACAAGUAUGGUGUAGGAAAUAUAAAAUCUAUUUUACACAAUAGCCUCUUCCUUUUCACGAUAUAUUAUGUAUUUUUUAUAUUGCAAAUACAUUGCAUUUAAGACACUAA